AUGCCAACCGUCCCAACGACAAACCAGGUUACUCCAGGGACAGUGGUCGAUAUUGUUCUCAAGGCCGACCAGCCUACAGGGCGCACCGUGCAAGGGGUUGUGUCUCAGCUGUUGACCAAAGGCAAUCACCCGCGGGGGAUCAAGGUGCGCUUGACAGACGGGAGAGUCGGUCGAGUCCAGCGUAUGGCGGGAGGCGCCGCCUCAACAGGACUUCACCCAAUCCAACCGGACGGCAACAUGGAGGCGGCUGCGGAGACGGGGCCGGCCGGCGUUGCCCCGAGGGGACAGGGACGGCGAGACUUCACCGAUGUGAGGUUAGAUCAAGCGCCGCAAUCUACGCAGCCGCUGGGCCUCGAUGCGUACAUCAAGCCAGCCAAGAAGCGCGGCAAAGGGAAGGGCGCGCGAAACACUGCAACCGAGGCAGCAACGGGCAACAACAGCCUCGAGGAGGCUGCCGCUCAGGAGUCAAUCUGUCCCGUCUGCGGCGAUUUCCGAGGCGAUGAGGCGGCUGUGGCACACCACGUGCAGUCUCAUUUUGAUGAGUAG